UACAUCCGUUUUCCCCACACCACACGUCCAAUAUUUGAAGGUAUGGCGAAGCAACAGACAAAUCAACGUGCGCUCAUAGAAGAUAUGGUGUUGGAGAGUGAGGAAUACGUCAUGGGCGGUUUGCCCGCUGUUUCUAGUGAGGACUUCAACAUUGAUGAUAUUGAUGUCCUCAAGGGCCUUGACCCACCCCUGACCUCCUCACACCAGUUUCACUCAGAGCCGUGGAUAGGAUGCGGGCCUCAUAGAAACACAGAGAAUGACAACUCCUCUGGUCCUGUCGUCAUGGGACAGAGCCCACCAGAGGAGCCAUCGCUGACUGUACCCGUGAGGCGCUCUGGUUAUGAGUGUAAACUCUGUCAUAAGGUGUUUGGAACGGCUAACGCACUCAACAAACAUCUGCUGACCCACCGCCAGGAAAGACCAUACGUAUGCCCUAUCUGCCAGAGAGCAUUUAAACGCCACGAUCACCUCAAUGGGCACAUGUCCACCCAUCGGAAACGCAAGCCGUUCCGGUGUUCUGCUCCCGGGUGCCAGAAGAGUUACUGUGAUUCCCACUCCCUGAAACGUCACUAUAUCUCUCAGCAUGGCGUCUCCCUCGUCCCGCCCACGUCCCAGAGCGCCCAAUGGGAGCCAGCGGAUAAUCCUCCGUAUCUGGGAGGUGCAACAGCUCGCUCUAAUUACCCUCCUGCAUUUCUCCCAUGCAAGCCUACGUCAGAUACUCACCAGAAGGCGGCUGACUACUCCGGCUUUGGCAGCUUCAACAGUUACAAGAGAUUUGCUCCCCCAAGUGGCCUCCAGCUGAACGAUCCUCAGUCAAAGACCAUCUUAGUCCUGGACACUUGGAGGCAGCGUCCUGACAAAGGUCCCUGUUGUGAGUGCCCCGGUGAAUUACACCCCCCCCAGUGGGCCUCUGAGCCCACUCUACCAUCUUUACUUCCUGGAGGGGAGGGGCUUCAUGGUUGGGAUAGUGGUGACUUCCCAGUGGGUGACCUCCAAGCACUGGAAAAAGUAUUGUCCUACAAUCACUGCAGUGAGGCUAAUAGCUCGAGCGUGGAGUGUUUCCCAGAGGAGAAAUCCUCUCAGUCCCAGCUGGAGCAGGCAACUUGUCUCAGGCAGUCUUCUGUCCCAGUGAAGUCUGAAGCGAAGCUCAGAAUUGACACUUCGUUUCUGUCCGUUGACCCGACCGCAAGCUUGGGUUCCGGUGUAAAGUCCAAAUUGUUCCCUAACACUGUUUUCAUCCACUCGAACCCGAGCGCUCCGAACAAGCCCAACCCAGCCAUCAACCUGCCCUCCCUCUACAGUGUCUUGAAGUUGGAGACAAGCAAUGCGAAGAGAGACAGUAAGAGAAAGAGACAGAGGGAGAAGGUGGUGGCUGUCGAUCUGCCCGCUCCGCCCCUUCCCACACCCAACCCCGCCUCCUUCCUGGCACCACGACGGCCACGCCCUCGACCGUUCUACCUGGUCUCCCCGAGCCAGGUGGCCAUGGCCUCAUUCAGCUCAAACAGCGACCCAUGUCAAUUCUUCAAGGGAGACAAUGCAGGUUGGCCUGGAGAAGGACAAGAGUCUGGUGACAGGGUAUUCCCUGGCUCUCACAAGCCAGAGCACAGCCACAUGUGGAGUGGACCCUCCAUUGUAACGGGAUGUUCCUCUCCAGAGCCCGUAGAGAGAGGAGCGACUCUGAGGUCUCCGUGUUCAGCAGAGCACAUGCCUCUGUCUCCUCUGGUCAUCCCUGUUUCAGUCCCGGUCAAUGUAAAGACUGACCCGGGCAGUCUGCAAGCACUUGAUACGGAGAACCCUCUGAGUGGUCCGGGGAGAUCAAAGAGGAGCCUGCGUCUCGACCCGACGGCGACUCUGACCUCGCCUCCUCCCGCGUCCCCGCGGCGCCUCCCAGGAGAGGAGGACGUCUCCGCCCCCUGGUGUCGCGCGGCAUGCGGCUAUCCCAGUCAGCUGCGCUCCCCCACAUACCUGGCGGACCACCUCCUCGACCCCAGGUUCCGCCCUCCCCCCUACACCCCCCCACCCAUGCUGAGCCCGCUGCGCCCAGGGACCGGCCUGUAUUUCAACACGAUGCCAACCCUACAGCCGGGCCCGCCCCCGCGCAGCAUCUAUGCCAUGUCUCUGGGUGGAGCCGACGGGGUCUCCUUGAUGAUGGAUGACCCAGUGGUCAGCAUUGAGCCGAGAAUCAACGUGGGCCAACGCUUCCAGGCUGAAAUCCCACCCAUACGUAACCUCCUCCUAAUGCUGUAUGACGAGCACCUGGCCCAGCUAGUCUGGGCUCCCUGGGGCGACAUGUCCACUAACGUGGACACACAAAAGGGGGUCACCCACCUGAUAGACUUGUGCUGUUCCAGCGUGCUGCCAGGAGGGGGCACCAACACUGAGCUGGCCCUCCACUGUCUGCAUGAGGUGCAGGGAGACAUUCUGGCUGCUCUGGAUCUACUCUUAGUCAGGGGAGACUUCCGUUCUUCAACACACCCACUGAGUGACUACCACUACCCAGGGUCAGAUGAUUGGAGUCCUCAAGAGAAGAAGCUAUUCUGUAAAGCUCUGCUCAUCCACGACAAAGACUUCCAGCUGAUUCACAGUGUGACCAAGUCAGUGACCCAGUGUGUUGAGUACUACUAUGCCAUGAAGAAGCUCAAGAAAUUCAAGCAGCGAGGUCGAGUGUCAGAGAAAAAGGAGGCUGCAGGUGAAGAGCAUCAGUUUCCUGGGAAAUCCUUUCCACUCGGUGCACGGCAGCACAUUGACCCCCCCGUGGGCCGGUGGGGGCCCAGGAGGACCCUGACUAAACCAGACCACAGGACUCUGUCAGUACAGGAAGAGCAAACCACCACAGGAGGUGCUUUGGAGUACGUCUGUCAAGAGUGUGGGCGGGUAUUUGACAAGGUGAAGAGUCGCAGUGCUCAUAUGAAGACCCACCGACAGCAGGAGAGAGAGUGGCUGACCGGAUGUGGCUGGCCUUUGGUCUGCCCUGCAGACAAUCCUCAUCCAAAAGCUUCCACUCAGGACUGUUAUGAGGAGCCAUUAGUCUACUCAACCAGAGGGGUCCUCUAUGAUACAUAGUUCACUGGUUUGAGUUACACACAAGUCAAGUGAAACACUGAAUUCAUAUUGG